CACCACCAUCAUUCUUCCUCCAAUCAGUGUCCAGCACUAGCACUAGCACUAGCAGACCUCCCCCACGAAAUUCUUCUCUUGAUCUUAUCCUCCCUCACCACCGCCUCCGACAUUGCUCAUCUGGGCUUGACUUGUCGCCGCCUACGUCAGCUCGUAACCUCGGAGGGGUGGCGCGCCUUUGUGAUUGCGAGGUUUCCUUCGCUGGUGCAGAGCAUCCCUAUUCCUGCCCCUUCUUCUUCUUCUUCGCUGCUGCUGCUGGGAGGACAACGUGGAGGAGGGCAACAACAACAAAAUGGAAGUGGAAGUGGCAACGGAAGUGGAAAUGGAAAUCGAGGAGGAGGAGGGAGGUACGCAUGGCAGGACGUAGCGGAGAGUUUGACUUGGCAAAGUAGGUGUUGGGAUAAGCGGGCGGUGGGGUUUUGUGCUAUUUAUCCUGCUGCUGACUUUGGGGCUGGAGCUGGAACUGCUGGAGCUGGACAUGGACAGAGAGGAGGAGGAGGAGGAGGUGGGCAGGGACAGCAAAGGGGAAAUAUGUUCCAGUCGGUGGUGGAUGCGCACUUUGACUUUGCGACGGGGAGGGAAUUACUGGUCUGGGGAGCGGGGGAGGAUUUGGUAGCGAGGAGGAGAGAUUGGGGAGGUGGACAACAAAAAAGUAAGAGUGCGCCGAAGUUUAGUUGGUUUAAAGCCAGUGGGAAAGAGGAAGGGUUUAGGAAGGGGUAUGAUGAUGUGAGGGCUUUGCAUGUGGUGAAGGGGGAUGUGCCGCUUUGUGGUAGUGGGCGAGGGAAGGGAUCCGGAGGAGUCAAGAAACACGGAGGCGGAGAAGAAAGUGGAAACGGAAGGGGGUAUGGAAGGGCGGUGGUGGUGGGGAGGGAUAAUGGGGAUUUGGCCCUGGUGGAGGCGGAGGGGGAGAGGUUUGGGAAGAGGAUUGUCAAGUUCAAACCACAUGAAGGGGAGGAAGGGGAAAGACUGGUGCAGGAUACGAUUAACAGCGUGGAUGUGUUGUAUGAUGCCCCAGGAGGAAGGAGGUUGGUGGCGGCGGCGACGAAGAAAGCGGUGGGCGUUUAUGCUUUGCCGGAUGGGGAGGAGGAAAUAGGGGAAGACGAGGAGGUGUCACCGGUGGUGGUCUACGAUCUACAGAGGAGCGUGUUGGACAGCAGCACGGCUCAGUUGUGCAGCGCAAAGUGGAUGGGCGGUCAGGGGAAUGUGAUGGCUUUGGCGCUUAAGGGGUGUAGUGAACGACUGCAGUACCUUUCGAUCACGGAGUCGGGGUGGACGCAUCAUACUACGGCGAAGAGUAUCAUCCGCUCGGGAGGCGUGGGCGGGCUGAGUAUUCCUGAUGCAGAUAUCUGUGCGAACUCGCUCUCGCCUGUCUACGCCAAUCCCAACGAGCAAAAGUCGGGCGGGACAACACUGCUUCUCUCGGGAUGGAAAGACGGUACCUGUCGCCUUCUGGAUUUACGAACGUCCUCUCCGUAUGACGCCGUCUACCAGGACAAUAUCCAGCCUUGGGACCAUGUCGAAGCCAUCCUCACCUACGGUACGGAGCGCUUCGUUGCUGGUGCUGGUAACUCGGGCGCAACCAUCAAGAUUUUCGACUUCCGAUGGCCGAAACCCUACUCCUACACCUCGGCUCUCCCAUGUCUGGGUCGCCAACCGUUCCCCAAGCCUCACCAACCUUUUUCCAAGGCACCCAACGCCUUUGCCACCGGCCGUGCAAGAUGCGACUAUCUAGCAGGCCUAGAAUGUCACUGGCAUUCCCUCUCAAAACACCUCUACUACCGGCCUAACGCAACCAUUUUCCUCCCGCGCGGCGUGCCCGGCCAUGAACACGACCGCAGCAACCAACACGGCUUCACCCGGACAUGGUCCCUCGCCAAAGCCUCCGACUCGGCUCCCAAUUUCUAUCUUGGCGUUUCAGGAGGCGUGAUAGAAGCCAAUCUUCAACCAACCCCUUCCAGCCCUUCAAACCCGGUGGAAAUCGACCCCAUCUACGGUUACAACUACCCCUACUUCACCGGCCCAUUGCCAGUCACCCACUCCACGUUCUCCUCCCACUCCUCGAGAAACCAGGCCCAGAUAAAGCAAGGCGUGGCGGAAGAGUACACAACCGUUCCGAUCAAGUACUCGCUCAUGGAAACGGGUGAUGGAUUGUCAGUGGAAGCGAACGACAGAUCAAUUCGCAUGCCGAGGAUGAUGGGCCCCUUUGAACCUUCUUCUGCUUAUGCUAACCCUGCGUCACCGUUUGGGAGGGUUCCUCCCACGGCGCCGAGGGCAGAUAGGGAGCGAGCGGCGGCGGCAAGAGGAGGACAUGGAGGACGAGGGGGUGGGCAUGGGCAUAGGGGAGGCCCAAGUUUGGGAUGGAAUGGAAAUGGGUGGGUGACGAAUAGGGACGGGUCGGCGACAAGCCAGAAACAGGUACGGGAGCAGUGGAAGGAGGGAGUGGAACUGCCGGCGGGAGUGAGGAGGGAACAUCACCGGUUGGACUUGAAGUAUCAGACUACGAAUGAUUUUGUGGUGUUGUUGGAGGAUGAGAAGGAGGAAACGGGGUUGGAGGGAAGGGUGGAGAGGAUGGUUGUUUGA